AAUAAUCCAAACCCUUUCCCUCCUCUCUCCUCCACUAUUACUCCCCGCCCCGCCGCAAAUUCCCACUCUUUUCUCGUCUCCGGCCACCCGCGUGUCCCACAAUCGACUCGACCAACUUCCCCUCAACUCUUUCACGCCCUUUUCUCUUCUUCUGGCUCGACCUCGACCCUCCGGCAACCCGUCUCGCCUCUACGGUUACGCCCCCAUCGAUUGAUCCAACAAAUACGACAAACUCCAAGGAACGACUUUUACGGGCUUGGAUACUGGGUUAACACAUCACGACGAAGUGCCCCAGCGGAGAGGGACUCUUAAGACGGAAGACUACGGAACGUCAUCCAAGAAUCCCAGACUUUCAUCGCCAGAUCCCAGUGGAAACGAGGCCUUCGAAGCCUCAACGGUACAUCAUGUCCGAGUUCAACGGCCGUCGGGCCCCCAACUUCUCGCAAUACCUGGAUGAUCUCAAUGCCAUUCCUUCACCAUACGAUCAGGCUAUCCAGCAGCAGCAGCAGGAGUCAUACAAUUUCGAUGCCGAACUGUCGCUCUUCACAAACACCGAGUUCUUCGAUUUCGACCAACUCGGCGAUCUCAACCUGCCUACCUUCGAUGCGAUGGAGGAAAACACGGUCAAGAAGGAAACCGCGCAGGGUAUCAACUCGGACAUGGACUUCUUGAAUCUCCUGGGAGGUGAGUUGACGCAUUUAUCUUUUGAGAUCGUCAGUUGGAACCCUCGGAAUCGAGCUGGGUGGUGGCGGCCAAUAGCUGCGGCAACAGCAGCACCAUUCUAUGGGAGCUGCGCCAUUACCCCAGUCAUGAUCCUUUGUCCUUGUGUUUUCCGUACCUUGAGCUUGGCCUCUGCCUGGCGAAUUUUGUCGUUUCCCAUCACUGUGCGAAUUCCCUGCCUCCCAGAGGCUUGUACUAGCGGGGGAUGUUAUACUAUACUAUCCCUGAGACACCAACUGCUCCUUCCGCUGCGCACCUCAUCUGCACGUUCUCUCAUUGGCUCGCUUCCUGCAUGGGACCCUUCUCGUCUGUGCGCGAUCGCAGAACGUGCAGCAACCUUGCCUCUGGCGCGGAUGACGCCAGUUGCUCUCGCGAUUGCGCCAUACCACGUGACCCGUGCAUCGUGGGAGGUUGCAUACACGCCUGCUUCGUGGCACUUGUCGAGGAUCUGGGCUCGGGUCGAUGCCAAUGAUGCCGUGCUUUAUACCCCUUCCACCCAGCUUGAGGCCCAACCCCCAUGUCGACCCCUUAUCGUCACUGCAGGCCUUCAAUAGACCCUUGACUAACAUUCUCUAGAAGGCUUCAACAAUGUGAACGACAUCUCAUCUACCAUGAACUCCAUCAACGCGCAACCUCUGCCCGUCCAAAACACCCAGUACCCUGCUGUCCCAUCCCUGCCGAAUGGCCCUGUCAAUGUCAACCCCGCUCCUAGCCAAGCGGCCUCUCAGUCCUCCCCGCAAUCGUCAGCGGCAUCGUCGCCGUCCGCGGCUCCCACCCCCGCCCCGGCCCCCACUGCAACCGUCCCUGCAU